CACUGAUCUUUCCUGGUCGCUCGGUCUACGAUGCUCUUCUUCCCUACCUUCAUCACUGUUAUGCUGAGCUAUGCCUCUGCUGAGUUUUGCAGACAACUUUGUGAUUUCUAUCCAGCCUGUCGUUUCUCCAAGUACAGCUCCCACCAGAAGGAGAACGGUGCUUGUUUUGGUUUUUACCAUAAGGACAAAGGCUUCUGCUUCCAGCCUACGGAGCAAGCUACCUGUGAUGACUCAAAGCUGAGACCGGUCUUCGCUCCCAAUGUUCGACAUGAGCCCGGCAAGGUUCUGAUUAUCUAUACAGGAGGCACCAUCGGCAUGCAGCCCUUCGCGAACGGAACCCUCCAUCCUGUUCCUGGUUAUUUGACUCGUCAGAUCCACAGCUUACCUGAGCUCCAGGCAACUGGGAUGCCAUCAGUCAGCGUCAUCGAGUGGGAUAACCUCAUAGACAGCUCGGACAUGUCCCCUGAGGGAUGGGCCGCUAUGGCUAAGGCCGUCGAAGACAACUACGAUGACUACGAUGGAUUCGUCAUCCUCCAUGGCACUGAUACCAUGUCCUAUACCUCGAGCGCCUUAUCCUUCAUGUUCUCUAACUUGGCUAAGAGCGUCAUCAUAACCGGAUCUAUCCUGCCUUUCGACGAGCCCCACAGUGAUGCUCGUCGUAACAUCAUCGUCUCCGUCCUUCUCGCUGGCCUUUACAACGUUCCAGAGGUAUCGAUAUUCUUCGGAACUCAUCUUCUACGUGGAAGUCGUUCCGUGAAGGUUGAUAGUGGAGCCAUCGAGGCCUUCGACUCCCCCAAGUUCCCCGCUCUCGCUACGAUGAACGUCGGAGUGAACUUCUUGGAUACAUCCCUCGUAGCCCCCACUGGUCCGCUGGAGGUCCAAAAAGAGAUGGAGGGAUCCUUGUUGGUCCUGCGCAUGUCGCCCGGCUUUGCCAGCCUCGAGUCCCUCGAUCUCAACGAUGUGAAGGGUGUGGUUCUUUUGCUCUACGGUACCGGAAAUGCUCCCUCAAAUCAACCGCAUUUCACUAACUGGCUCCUCAAGUUGAAGGAGCAAGGUAUCCCCGUCAUCGCCGUCUCACAGGUUGUCCGUGGAACCGUUGCCUUGGCUGACUAUGCGGCAGGAGCACAACUCCUCUCUCUCGACUUGAUCAGUGCCGGAGACAUGACCGCCGAAGCUGCUACGACCAAGCUCAGCUACCUCUUGGGGAAGGGCUACACCCAGGAGGAGAUCGCCAAGGCGUUUGGGAAGUCUAUGAGGGGCGAACUGACUGAGAAUAAUAUCGCUGCGGAUGAUCCGUUCCGUGACUUGUCUUUCGAUGUGUCCGAGUGACCAGCUUUUGUCCAUUAAUGUUUGUUACCCUACACGAAGCUUGUGGAGUGUAGAGUGGUGCAAAAACAGGACCGUGACGCGCUCACCCGCGAAGCUAGUUACUCUGAACCUGUGUAUUUCGUGCGAUGUUGUUGCUGCUGGUCCUAAGUGUUAGUGUGAGGAUUAUUGAUACCUUACUUUAUCAUCUAUCAGUUGCUGGUGAGCGUGCUGGCUCUUUUUGCCCAUCCUCUGCCACCCGGUAGUUUCUGGUUGUCUGCAUCUUGACGUGCGAUCCUCAACUGUGUGAGGAUGGCCGUCCGAUGGCCACAGAUGAAGUCGGCAGGGCGGGACGAGUUGAGUUAACGAGUUUUGGGUGAGAAGCUGCGAUCGGGCCUGUAUUUGCAAACUGUGUAAAUGUAAGUCGGAUCUCACGAUCCACAUCAUCGGCCCGACUAGGACCCUCUUAGUUCCUUGCUUAUUUCAUUCAUUCGUUUCUAUCUUCAAAUUUCUGGCGUGUAGCCUCACCGUCAACCGUGUCGC